CGCGCCGACAAUCACGUCGAUACUCUCUGCCGUCCUUGACAGCACUCUUUCGUAACGGAUCUUACGGACAAUUAAUCCGCAACGCGCUCGGGCGCUGUCAGUCAAUUCUCCUCGCGCAUCUCAUCAGCUUCGUCGACCACAGCACCUCACAACCGACCAACGCGUCUGCAGCAUGAGCCGUUGAACUCUCGAUUCAAACUCGACCCAAGCCUACACUGUUCAGGUGACUGCGCAGUUCGUCGCCGUCGCGCCGCCGUUCUCGGCCUGCUCAAUCAGGAACCGCGCGCGCUCGAAAACAUGGACGACCGCGAAGCUUCUCCCACACUCAUGGCCUCGUCGGCGCUGCGCAAGCAACAAAUGUCCAUAACCCUUCCUCGAAAUUUCGCUCCUCUACGCCUUGACGGAAGUGACAACCCAAGGACGCCCGAUCAGACCUUUGCUGAGCUCAAGCUUCCACCUCCACCUCAUCACUCCACGGUUCGAGUACGACGCAGCAGAAUUACCACGGACAAUUUUCAAACGCGUAACAACGCCCUUCCCUCCGCCCUCUUCGCGUCAGAUAUCCCAAUUCCCUCCAGCGCUCAGUCUGUACAAACCGAGUUCAACAUGGACGCCGACGUUCCCAUACCUACAAUUGAAGCGCCAUUCCUAAGUACCAGACCACAAUACACACACAGUAUCACAGAUCCAUCACCGAGCGAUAGAUUGAAAGUGUCCGCCUUCAGAGAUCUCCAGCAGCCAAGGACUCCAAUAGGACAAACCAAUGUGGUCUCUUCAGAGUACAAGAACAACGUGUGGGAUAUGCACCGUUCUUCCUCUGAGUGCUCUAUCCGGUCAGACUCAUCAGAGUCAUCUUCUGAGACCUUCACCACGCGUCCAACAUCGUUCAGUGGCAGCGCGACCAGUCCCGAUUUAGAUUCACAGGACCCAUUUUCACCUGCGAAGGUCAAUAUCAUCCCAGACACGCCUUCACGAAAGAGCAAGAAAUUGAGGAUCAACACUUUCACGUCCAAGGCCAAUGUGCAGUGGAGUAUUGAAAUGGACAAUCACUUGUUCAAUGUCUACCAGAUGUAUCUGGCUGAUCCAACCGUGACGCCUUUCAAGACAGUCCCAGGAAGCGUUCCUCCUACAGGCGUAUGUCACCGUGUCGCCCGAAAAGCCAAGGAGACCUGGCCGAAAGCAAGUAGAGUUGCGAGGCCGAUCGUCCGCCGAUAUAAGAUGCGCAACGUCAUUGAGACUCGCAACUUCAUUCGAGACACAACGCCAGAGCCUAACGACUUUUUGCGGACCGACAACAAUGAUGCGAGAACCGUCUGGCCCUCUGAGUCUGCUACACGAAAGCGCCUGAAGCAAUUGUGCAAGGAGAAGUUCACGAUUACAGCUCACUAUCAACGCUUGCGUGAGUCCAGGAGCCCGUCACCCUUCCACGAGCAAUUCAGCCGCCGGCCGCCGUCGAGAGUGUCCAGGUCAAUGUCACGUCAAGCCGAUCCGGAUGCUUCCACUGCGUACGCUACACGAGAGCUUGGUAUCUCUUUGGUCGCCAGUAGUGCUACUGCUCCUUUGGCUCAGCUAGUGACAGGAGACUCGCCCUUGGCGCAGCAAAUGUCAGAUGACUGGUUCAAUACUCCGCUGACCACCUCAUCCGAUGCCAUGUCGCUCUCAACACCUUCUGCUGUGGCUCCGGAGACGCAGGUGAGCAGGCUCAAAGUUGCCAACGACAUCCCCCGGCUGGCAUCGCCAUUCAACUACAGCACUUGGAAUGGAUCCAGCAAUUCGAAUCACAAGCAUCGUCGCGGCAUGAGUCAUCAUCAAUUUGACACGGUACAUGCUACAGGGUCGAGGUUGCUGUCACCGUUCAAGAUCGAGCCCGACGUGUCACUCAACGUCAACAAACGACGCGCUCAGCACAACCUGGAGGAUGAAUUGAGUCCUAGCGGCAGCAACAUCAACAACAUGAGCGCCAUCCCGGACCUCAAAAUUCCCACACCAAGCACGUUCCACCCGGAGUCCAAACCCCGACCGGAGCUUGUAUUUACUGGUGCUGGUGACAUCAAUCAACGUAGAAUCCGGGUCCGCAACCGGGGCGCGACAUUGGGUGCCGUCAACAACCGGGAGACUCUCGAACGCUUCUUUACACCACCGACUAUCAAUGUUCCUUCCGCGGAUGGUUCUGAUGAGGCGGCUGGUAUCCCUCCAGUUCCUCCAUUGCCGGCGUCCCUCACGUCCUUGGCGAACCCUCACAUGAGAACCUUUCCCUCACGUUUGGCUCCGCCAGAGCCAGACCCAACGCAGAAGCGACUUGGCAGUCCAUUCGAGCUCGACCCAAACAAGCGAAAUUAUCGUGUCAAGAGUCCCAGACACGUCCCGAGUCUCAGCGACCCUUUUAUCAACACUAGUGCUUUUGCAACGACACCAAGUCGUGGUCACGGUCAUACUAGCAGUAUGAGUAUCGGUGAAAGAUUGGCCAUGUUCAGUACUUUUCACCCAAGUCAUUUUCAACGAAACGUGCCAAGUCAACAGCCGAGGGAUGAUCCUUUCACAUGAUCAGAAGAUGCACAAUUUCACUUAUCUGGAGUAUACAGGCCAAUAUCAAGGAGUUCAUCGGUGUUGAAUAACGAAUUGGAUGCUGUUUGCAUUUAUCAUGCAUGGUUG